AAGUCCACCCUCCUCAGUUAGCGGAUAAUGGCCACCAAGGCAACGCUUACCAACACUGCACUUCUUGUUUUGGAAAUGCAACCACAAAAACAUUGGACACUUGUUUACUUCAAAUAAAACACAUUUAAACAAUUAGAUGACGUGAUGGACCAGAAUGGCGCAUCGGGAAGUCGUCCGAACCGGCUAUCCCAAGGUAAAGAAGCCUAUGCGUGCGAACGCAGUGCAACAGUUUCCGCGGCGGCAGAUCGGAGUAACAUUAUCAACGAAAUGGCCAAAAUAUGCGAAGCCGAUCGCCAGACUAGCGCCAUCGCUCGACGGACUCAAGUUCACGAGCGGCUUGCGGUGGCCAACAGCGACUUCGUCGCCGUGGAGGACCUUAUUUUGGCCUACGCAGAGCCCACGCCCGAGGACCAGGUCGAGAUGAUCAUGCGGGACUUCUGCUCGUCUCCAACAUACGAAGAAGAUGAGGAUGAGCCCAGCUAUGAGUCGGAGCCGUGGUUUCGAUUUCGCAACAAAAGGAUCAGAACCUACAGUCGGAAGAGGGAUCCCAAAAGCUACAUGGCCGUGCGAACCGAGAAGUCUAGUGGUACCUCAGGCCUCUCCGUGCAGAGGGAUCUCAAUACUUCGUCCACAUCUGUGGCUUGUGACUUCGAUGCUGCUUCAUCGCAGAAGAUACACGAGGUCCUGUUGAACCUCAGUCAAUACUUUUCCGCGACCGCGAAAGCUUCUAGUCCGACUCCUGUCCCAUCGCAAAUAGAUCUGCCAACCGAAGCAAGGCAGGAUUCUGGUGACGAGUGUUUCAACGCUGAAGUGGAGAACUUGAGGGAUGACCUGUUGCAGAACGGAUUUACCUUCGAGGCCUCUAUCUAUGACAAUGAGCAUGAGCAGGAAGUUCCAGGAUCUAUGGCAGACACUAUUUUUGGCGAUAGCAGGCAAGCGGUUCCCAUUACGCGCCCCCAAUUGGACAGUGGAAAAUUUAAUGUUUGUUCUGAUGCAGACUCUACACCGAAAAAGACCGAUGUCGAAAUUGCCGAACAUAAGAAACAUUUGAAGGGACCAACGCAGGCAGAACAUGUUGGCAAAGAGGAGAACACGAACUUCAUAUUAGAAGGCAUACCAUUAAGCGAAUGGCUAACUCCGAUGGAACCGCCGAAGAUCUCCAAAGAUGUAAUCAAAAAUAUACCCGACAAAAAGGUAAAGUUGGAGCCAAGUUCCCAGAAAGAACAAAAAAGUAGCAAAGAUUCAAAUGAAUCAAAGAUCAGAGCAGCCUCCUGUGAUAUUACCAAGAAAAACGAAGGAACUACGGUUCUGGAUCAGCCUAAUGCUGCACAGCAAGAAAACCUAUCAAACGACGGCGAUCUUCUUGAGGAGUUUCUUUUUAAUGAAUGGCAUCCAAUGCAGUGUUCUAAUGGACCAUCAACCUCCAAUGACGCAAUUAAAGUGCCUAAAGAAGAGAUCAAUUCAAUAAAGCGGAACGACGAGGAGCAACCAGAAAAGGAGACUCCUAAUAAAAGUCGGUCCACAAGUAGUCAUCAACUUUCCUUCCGAAAGACAUUCCUCAAAUUUAUCGAGAUUUCGGGAGAAAUGAAAAUUAAAGGCGAAAAGUUUGUAGAGAAAGUUGUAUCCGGUUUACAUCACCCUAGUCACAAGUGCAACUUACGUACUGAGGAAUACUCCGACAAUCAUAGCCAAGUGAUGGAAUCAACACAGCGUGUGGAAUUCAAAUCAGCCUUAAGUAAACCCAUCGAAUUAUUGGAUGAAAAAGAAACCUACGAUAUGUUAGCUAAGGUUGAAGUUGGAGAAAUAAAUGGAAAAUGCAGUCCUCUCAAUAACGAAACUAUAGCAGAGCCCGAGUUUUGUGGCUUUCGCACAGCCUCAAAUAAGGCGAUUCCUAUUUCUGAGAAGAUGAAAAUCAAAACUGCAGAGUUUAUGGCUGAGUUUCAAUCCAAAGAAACAAAUCAUCAAAAUGAUUAUUUAGUCAAUCAGCCAAAUGACAACUCGACGUCUGUUGGACGUGAUACAGCCUUCAAAAAAUCAAUAGAGAUUUCAGAAGAAAUGCCAACGAAAGCUUCAAAGUUGGUGGUCGUUGAUACUACAUUGGGAGAACCACAUCAACCCAAAAUUGACCCAGUUUGCAGUGACUUAAAUGAAUCACAGUUUUUCGGCUUUAGAACAGCGUCAAACAAAGCUAUUGAGAUUACCGAGGCGAUGGAGAAGAGAGGAGCCAUGUUUCUGGCCCAGUCUAGAGCUACAGACCAACAAGGCCAACUAAACGACGAAGAGCUUAUUGGCAGAGCUGAAUGGCAGCCAAGCGAUUUUCCUGAUAUUCCACAUACCUCUCCAAAAAAUGAGAUUCAUUCAAUAAAUGUUGAAAAUACCAAGGCUGUGCAUACUAAAACCGCAUCUGAGACCGAGUUCUUCGGCUUUCGUACCGCUUCAAAUAAAGGAAUUGUGAUUUCCGAAAAUACGAAAAAGAAAGUUGCACAGUUCAUGAGUGAAUUUCAAGCCGCCGAUGCAAGCACUGACUCGAACAAACCAAUUGUGAUCUCUGAGGAAUCGAGAAAUAUUGCUGCCAAGUUCGUAGAUGAAGCGGCGACAGAAGACAGUCCAAACAAACCAACUUUUUGCAAUGUACAAAGUCAAGAAAAUCCCUUAGAUAUUGAGCAUUUCAAGCACGACCUCUUCGUGGAGCGUUCUGCAAAGGAGGAGCAUCCGCUGUGUAGCCAGCCAUUGGUGAGGACGCCCAGAAGAUCGCAGGAGAUCCACUCCUCACUAUCGCAACUUGCCGGCCAAUCACCACUGGAUCAGGCCACCAAGAAGUCCGUAAUAGCUCGCCGGAACCUUCUGUCCCUAAAAAGAAAGCGAAAGAUCGUUUCGUCAACUGAAACUUCUACUUCCUGCGCCUCACCGGCUAUGGAGCGAUUCGCACCCAAGCCUUCCUCGACAAGUACUCCGCUGGCUGACAGGGACUUAAAUCGCUCCAAGGACUGUGCAAAGAAUAGACAGGAUGCGGAGGACAUGUCCCCUAUUUGCAUGCAACCCAAAAAGAGUCGAAGACUGGGUCUGAGUCGAAGUCGCUAUUAGUACACAUUAAGUAAGCGUUGCUUUAUACCCAAAAGAUUUAAACGGCUGGCCGAUUUGAAAUGGGUAGAGAUUUAGUUGAAUUAAAUUGGUGUAUGCCAUUAGGGGUCUUAUCAUGACAUAUAGAAUGAUUGUAUAGGUUAUCAUAAUAAGCGUUUUUCGUUAAGUCCACCUUAUGAGGAAAUAAAUGAGUUGCUAACUUC